GGGUGAGUUUUGUUAAGUGGUUUCUUCUCUUUCAUAUCUGCUGGAGGAGUUGAUUUCUUUCUAACAUCCCUGCUUCUACGCACAACAGCCUGAUGACUUGUCUUUUCACUGCAGCUUGUUGCAUACCUUGCAAGGUUUUACUGACGGCAGGUUUAUUUCUGUAACCUUUACUAGCAUUACUCAAAGUCAUCUCAGUAAGAUUUGUAGUUUACAUUACUUGGUUCUGAUUUGUUUUCACAAAGAAGCUACAAACAGCAAAGAUUUGGAAGAAAACUAAGAAUUGAUAUAUAUAAAAAAAUCAAUAACAUUAAAAUGGAAGGUGAAUCUAGAUUUCCAGAUGUGGACAGUAAUGGAUCAGAAAAAAAUGAAGAUAUAGAAAUUAUAGUCAAUGUUGGUGGGGUGAGGCAGGUGCUAUAUGGAGAAAAUCUGAACCAAUAUCCAGCAACAAGAUUAGCACAGUUGAUCAACUGUUUAUCAGGGGGAUAUGAUACUAUUUUCUCUCUUUGUGACGACUAUGAUCCUAGGAAAAGAGAAUUUUAUUUUGACAGAGAUCCAGAUGCUUUCAAAUGCAUUAUUGAUAUAUAUUACUUUGGAGAAAUUCACAUGAAGAAAGGAAUAUGCCCUAUAUGUUUCAAGAAUGAAAUGGAAUUUUGGAAAGUAGACCUGAAAUUCUUGGAUGACUGCUGCAAAACUCAUCUGAGUGAAAAAAAGGAGGAACUGGAAGAAAUAGCCCGAAGAGUGCAAUUGAUUCUGGAUGAUUUGGGAAUGGAUGCCUCUGAAAAUCACUGGAAGAGAUGCCAGAAAUAUAUUUGGAAAUUAAUGGAGAAACCAGAAUCAUCCUAUCCAGCUAGAGUAAUCGCAGUGUUGUCCUUCCUAUUUAUUUUGAUCUCAUCUGUAGUAAUGUGCAUGGGGACCAUCCCAGAGCUCCAGAUAGUAGACUCUGAGGGAAAUCAUGUGGAACACCCAACACUGGACAACAUUGAGACAGCAUGUAUAGGUUGGUUCACCUUGGAGUAUGUGCUUAGAUUUAUUUCUUCUCCUAAUAAACUGCACUUUGUGAUUUCUUUCAUGAACAUCAUUGAUGUUUUUGCAAUACUUCCCUUCUAUGUCAGUUUGAUUUUGACCCACUUGGGUGCCGGAAUGAUGGAGUUAACCAAUGUUCAACAGGCUGUUCAAGCACUUCGAAUCAUGAGGAUUGCUAGAAUUUUCAAACUCGCACGCCACUCCACAGGGCUACAGACUUUAACCUAUGCUCUUAAAAGAAGCUUUAAGGAGCUAGGACUGCUUCUUAUGUACUUGGCUGUUGGAAUCUUUGUGUUUUCUGCCCUUGGUUAUACCAUGGAGCAAAGUCACCCUGAAACCUUAUUUAAAAGCAUCCCUCAGUCAUUUUGGUGGGCAAUUAUAACCAUGACCACAGUUGGAUAUGGGGACAUAUAUCCUAAGACAACACUGGGGAAACUGAAUGCUGCCACCAGUUUCCUUUGUGGGGUGAUAGCUAUAGCACUGCCCAUCCACCCCAUCAUAAACAACUUUGUCAGAUACUAUAAUAAGCAGAGAGUUUUAGAAACAGCUGCCAAGCAUGAACUGGAGCUGAUGGAGCUAUACUCAAGUGAGGGGAAAGUUGGAGGCUCCAAGAAUGAACUAGAGGAUCUUAUGGGGGAAGGCAAGGAGCGUCCUUCAUGGAGCAGACAGCUAAAAGUUUCCCACAGUGACACCUUCAUUCCUCUCCAAUCAGAUGAGAAACAUUACAGGACCAGGCUUCAAAGCUGCAAAUAAACUAAGUGACUGUCACUGUUCAGCUAUAGACUGGGACAAAUUGACAGUCUUCUACAGAAAAGAUUAAAGGGACCUGUCAGUGUUGAGAGUGAGCACUGCCUUUCCUUUCCAAACAUGAAUACAAAUUAACCCCCAUUGCAGCUUCAUCAGAGGUUGGUAAGACUUUGUUUUUAUUACCUGACAUAUAAUAUUAGAAUGCAAUUGAGAUGUGGCUGAUUAUAAUUAAUACAUCCUGACAAAAUCAAUUUGUAACCAUUUCAGAGAUUGAAAACAGCUUCUUGAUCAAUAAUAUGUACAAUUUCUUGGAUGUUAUGCUUUAUAAAAAUCAAAAUUCUGUAUGUGUAAUAAUAAAGAAUAACAAUACCACAGAACUUGUGCUUCAGGCUUUGUAAGGGGUUUUUAUAGUUAGGAAACCAUUUUUUAAAAAAUUAAAUCGAACUGUCACUCAUAGGUGCUGCAACUAGGGGUGCUGAGGGUAUGGAGCACCCCCUGGCUUGAAGUAAUUUCCAUCAUAUACAGGGUUUACAGUUUGGUUCAAAGGCUUUCUGCACCCCCACGAUACAAAUUGUUUCAGACACCCUGGCUGUCGCUCCUAAAGUAUUUAGGUGUCCAGUAAAAUGUAACAAGUAACGAGUGGUAUUUUUAUCUGAGUGCUAACUAAAAAUAUGAUCACACACUGUGGUUGUAUGAGCCCGUCAAAAGAUGGCUUCUACAUUCUAUAAAGUGCAAUUAUGGGUGACAUUUUGGAAAAUGGUGUCAGUCUCUCUUUCUGUGAAAAAUCUAUUUUAAUAUUCCACAAAGAUCUCUUUUUAACAGACGUAUGGAGCAGAAUCAGUGUACCAUGAUAGGGUUUUUAAAGCAAGUAAAACAAAUAGUUUUUACUUAAUUACAACAGAAAUAUUUGCUUUUACAAUUGUAGUGACCUUCAGAAUAUUUUAACUCAAUCACUUAAAAAACUUAUAAAUGUAAUUUCUUUUUAUUCAGUAUAAAACCAAGCCAGGUUGACACAGGGAGUUAAGUUACAUCAGAAACAAAGAAUUUCAAAUCACUGGAAAAUAAAUAUAAAGAAACUAGCAAUAAAAAUUAAAACCUGUUUAACAGUUAUGGUGAUGAAUUGUUCAUUGGAUUGAACAAAGCAUUGCUUUAUUUUCUUAAAUAAAAUUAAACACCUUUCAUGCUUGUAAUAGCUAUUUGGUUUUAUUAUGGUUAAUUAAGCAUGUAACAGGUUAAUUUAUUAAAUCAACAUAGACACUAAGCCAUGGGUCCAAUCCUGCAAUCCUUGUGCAAGCCACACUUCUACUGAAGUCAGAGUGAAUUUUGGUGAAGUAAGGUCUGAAAUCCAUGGGUCUGAUUUUCCACUCACUUACACCAGUUUUAUAUUGGUGCGAUUCCAUUAAAAGCAACAUUUACAUCACCAUAAAACUGGUGUAAUGGAGUAGAGAAUCUGCCCCCAGAUGUUUAAUUAAUAUUAAGAGUGAGAGUCCAAAUCAUUAAAAACAAAAACACCACUUCUGUGCCUCCCUGUUGCAGCCUAUAUUGUUUAUUUUCAUUACAUUGCAUGCAUGCCCAAUUGAAAUACGAACGCACAAGAUAGCUCCUACUUUUAGGUAGGUUACUCCUACACAGGGCCUGGGGAACUCAAUGAAGGCUGAUUGCUCAAAAGAAGGUAGGUUCCUAAUUUCCACUGAAAUUAAAUAGGAGUUAGGAGCUUAACUCCUUUUGAGCAAUCCAGUCCCAAAUUCCUUGGAAUUCUUCCACCUUGUAAACACAUUUCCCGUGAUUGAUGUUGAUGUUGAUGUUGGAGACUGCAUGGAGGUAUAUGGCCAUCUGCACACAGGCUCUUUGCAGGGUUGGUGUGGGAGACUAUAUCACAUCUACAGUUGUUUCCCAGUCCCCAGCCUCAACCCUAGUCCAGCCUGGCUCCAUCCCAUCAUCCCCAUUUACAGAUCCCAUGCUCCACAGAUUCCUUGUAGAGAUUACGAGGGAAAGGAAAAACAAUGCCCCCUGUGUGGCAUUUCCACAAACUCUCUAGGGCUGGAUCUAUUGGAUCCCCACACUUUUCACCUGUGGAAGUGGAGGGUCUGAUAAGACCCUAAUUUUUCCCUGUCUUGUUAUCUAAACUCCUCAUUAUUAUGGCCUAAUGCUCAGCAAUUUCAGUCUAAUCUGCUAGCUCGUUUUGUUUUACAAUUAAAGAAGCGUGAAUAGGAUGUGAAGCAAUAUCCACUGAUAUUUUCUUUAAUUCCUUAUCUAUAAAUGGGGAUAUUAAUAUUUUUUCAUUACCUCACAGGGAGGCAUUGGGAUGAAUUAAUGUUUGCAAAGCUCUAUGAAAAUGGAAAACAUAAAAAUGCUAAAUAAUAUUGUUAGUAUUGUUCGUUAGCAUUAACCACUUGCUGGUAUGGUAUAUAAUUGACUUAACAGGAUAUUAAAUAAAGGAAUAACUUAU